AAUAGUAGGCGGUCUCUUGCUGGCGAGGACUUAUUUAUCUGGGGACGUCAUGAUAGGCACCUUUUACACGCUUCCAGCAACAUGAAAAUGACAGCCAACAAUACUUCCGUCAACUUAACCACUCCGUUUAGGAUGACUGAACCACCACCACCACUGUCAAGCUCGCCCGACAGGAUAGCACUUAUCGGCAUCUACAUGGUCGUCUUGAUGGUCGGCACAUUGGGGAUAGUCCUCAUGAUUAACGUGCUUAAAUGCAACUUGCGCUCCGUGACCACCGUUGCAGUCCUCAACCUCAUCGUGGCGCAUCUGAUAUUUAUGCCCACCAUCCCGUUUCGCAUCGACUACUAUAUCAGAAACCGCUGGGACUUGCCCCCGCAGAUGUGCAAGAUCGUCAGCAGCAUGGUCCACAUUCACAUGUACUUAUCCUUCCUCAUCUACGUCAUAGUGCUCACCUUGCGCUUCUACAUCUUCUACAAACGUACCGAAAGUCCAGAUUUCCACAGAAAGCUUCAUUCUCUUGGGGCAAGCGGGACUAUCUGGACAGUUGUCUUGAUAGUUGUGCCCGCUGUGACAUUCUUGAGCUAUGGAGGACAGUCUGAAAAUACCUGCUUCAAUUUUGGAUCCAGGAUGAAAGAAUCUGGUGUGCAAGCUAUAAAUUAUAUCAUCAGCGGCGUCUUCAUCACGGUUCCUAUCGUGUUGUGCGCCAUUCAGGUUAAUAUUUUGCUGUCAAUCACCAAGCAAUAUGGUGCCAACUUCUCUUCUCAACAGGAGUUUUGGGCACAGAUCAAGAGCCUCUGUUUUGUCCUAAUUAUGCUCGUGUGUUUUGUGCCUUAUCAUAUAUUCCGCUUGCACUACGUGGCUAACCCAAAUAUUGAGUCUCAAAAUGAGAUUUUCCUGGCCAUCACCGGACUGAGCUGCAUUGACUUGUUGACUUUUGUGGGCCGUGGUGCUUGUUUUUCAUGUGGAAGGACAUUUCACUUGUAGGCCAUUACCGGCAAGUGACAAUUAGGCUAUUUAUUAGGCUAUCAUGAGUUACAAAUACAGAGGCUGUCACCCAGCGUAGGCCUACGGUAACGUGCUAACUUGUCUGCCUUUCCAGGUGUAUGACUAUCUUACGUUUAUGUCUAUCAUGUACAGUAUAUUAUUAUUAUUAUUAUUAUUAUAUUAUGUUUAGCCUACGAUAUGAUGUGCCGAAAAUUGGUCACGCUGAAGGUAGGCCUAAGCAGGAAUAGUGAAAAGGGUGAACAAAACCGAACAGAAAAACGAAAGCAUUUUCAAACUAUAAAAAGAGUUGGCCUAGCUAGUAAUAAAAAUGUGCGUCUUUUUUAAAACUAGGUUUUCCAUUUUUAGCAGCCCAUUAAAUUGCACUCCUCACCCAUGCUCCCGAAACGGCGUGUUGCUAAAACUACAAUCUUUAUGACUCGGUCCGACUCCGAGCUAAACAUGUCUGAAAAAAGCAGUUACCGAGGCAGAGGACCACAAGGAGCAAUAGGCCUAUAACAAAUCGCUUAUGGGAAUCGCUGGCGGGACGAGGUUUCUUCACAGCUUAGGCGGUGAGAAACCUGGCUAAUGUGGACCCUGUCCAUUAACCCUCCUAUUGUGUCCUAUUGUGACUGAUUGACAAUUAUUUUCUUUCAAAAAUAUUGUUAACUUAUUCUGACUACUAUGAAGCUCCAUGACUUUGUUAACGCAGGGCAUCUAAACACACAAUAGGCCUACAGAUUUUGAUAAUUUUCAUAACAAUUUGGUGUUUUAUUUAACUUCAGAACACCCUUGUAUUCCUAGUCAAAAAUGACCGGCCAUUAGAAAUGAAUGGUCAGUGUAUAGAGUCCAGGCACAUACCUAUUGAUCAGAUGGACUGUAUGCUACAUUUUAUAUAUUGUUUGCCAUUUUAUGUUCUGAUGAUGUGAAGCAGUAUGCACCAACAUACGAAUCAUUUUAAAUAAAAAAAAUAAGACACAGAUUGAUUGGUCUCAGAGAUUAACUUUUAUUUACAAUAUCAGAAGUCAUUUUCAGAUGUGUUUCCAUUAAAGACUGACUGACCCUUAAUGGAAACGGCAUUGGACCAAUAUACAGUAAUAAUGACUACGGAGUG